GGAGUGAUGCGGUAAUGGGCACGUGAUCAUCAUGGAUAAUGCGCAUUUCUGUUCCUUUUUCAACAAGUAAUUUUCUUUCUUUUUAUCAACCCUUCACUCUCACUCUCUUUAUCUCUCUAUCUUUCUCUUUUUCUUUCUCUUUUUUUCUAUAUACUCAAGAAGAAAGGUUAGAGAUUGGGAGUCUAUAACGAGUUUAUUUCAUAGUUUAUGCACUCAGACAAGAAGUGAUGCAAUCUUCUAAUAACCCAUCUUCUGCUAUACCAACAGGUCCCUCAACAUCUACAAACAUACGUAACUCUAAACUAGAUCAAAUUAUUCAAAACUUUUAUACGAAAACAGUACAGAUAGUUAUACAAGGACGUUGUCACGAUACACGAUAUGGUAAAAGAGCAAGUUUAAAGGGCUCUUCUUCUAGUAGAAAGAUAAACAAAUGGUUUAAUAUUGCUACGGAUGAUGUGGAAGUAUUAAAAGAAGAACUUAAGUAUUGGAGGACUAUAGCCAUUCAAUCAGAUAAAGAACCACCACCUAUGAUUCUCGAUAUUUAUUUAGACACGUCUAAACUCUCAUUCAAUCAGUCAUUGAUUGUUGCUGAUGAUAAUUUACGUUGGGGAAGAAUCGAACUCAACAAAGCAGACACGCAUAUUGAUAAAAUCUUGAUUGAAUCAUGGGAAUUGAGUCUCAAACAUCCAUUGCCGGAUUUCUCUGUAGAUUUACCUAACCUGUAUAAGCGAUCCAUUGUGUUUUUUCGCUCUUUACAUUCUUUAACUAGAAUACUACCGAGCUAUGAUCUAUAUCGCCAAAUUCGCAAGUCAAGCGAUACAGCCUUAUCCAUUGGUUAUCGUUUGUCUUCUUCUGCAUCAACUGUAUAUCCCGAAGAGAUUUCAUUAGGUUCUACUAUUUUGGAAAACGAUGCUCGUAAGCCUACAAAGACCUAUGAGUUUUCGGAUAUUGUUACGCCUAUAGGAACCUUUAAACUGAAUGUUACUUAUCGCCGUAAUUGUGAUUUUAGAGUGGAAGAUACUGAGAGAGAUCUCAGUGCUCAAUUUAUUGAUAUGGAUGAGCAGUUUUUUACACCUACUAUGGCAAAAUACCAACAACAUCAACAUCGUCAUCAUCAACAACAACAACAACAACAUCAACAUCAACAAAUUCCUGCUCAAGAACAACUCAUGCCUAUGUUUUCGUCUAAACAAUCUUCCUUGGACACAAAAGCGGAUUUAACGCCUUCUGUAUCCACAUCAAGUAGAGAAAACCGCCCACCUUCUCUGCGACAAAUAGGGCGUAGCGAAUCACCUACAGGUCGUAGGGCAUCUGCUCCAUUUGUUGUAUCACCAUUCAAAUCUCCUUUUCUUUCUUCGUCUCCUCAAGCAGAUUCUAUAUUCGGGAGUAGUGGCGCCCAGCUAGCGACGCAACGACAAUAUGCUGCUUCACCCACACCUUCUGAACGUUCUGCUCGGCCCUUGGAUAGUGGAUCAUUCAGUCGAAAAAUUGAGUUCUCGUCUAGUUUUGACAAGUACAAAUCGUCCAGUCCAAGCCGUGAAUCACCUUCGAGUGCAAGCAUGAUGAUGCGACGUUGGUCUCGAACAAGCGAUUUGAGUUCAAUCUAUUUCAAAGCAGAGGACGAUGAUAACCUUGAAGAUUUUGUUCGUUUAGUAGGAUCAAAUCAAGAACUCAAGCUGUUUCAACAAAGAGGAAACUCUGAUUUGCUUUCUUCCGCGUCUGAUUCAGAAACAAGUAGUAUGAUGAAAUUAUCUCAUUUCCAGAAUUUACGUGAAACACACAAUUCUUUGUCAGAAUCAUUGUCUUCAAGUAUGUUAAUUCAACAACAGCCUCAUCAUCAAGACACAACGGGUGCUGCUGUAAAUACGAUUUCGCCCGUUUCGUCUACUUCGUCUACAGGACGCUCUUAUCAGCCUGUUGUACCGUCACCUUUGCAUGCAGAGCAACGAUCUACUUCGCCUGUCCAUAUUCCUCGAAGUUACCCUCAAUUAAGGUCGAAUAUGAUGAUGACCAAUGCAUUAAAGAUUGGUCAUCGUUCUAGUCAUAGCCAUGAUCAAGAACAACGUGAUGAUGAUGGUGAAGGUGGAAGUGGAGAGAAAGAUCUGUCAGCUUAUUCAACUUACCCUCAAGAUUAUCAUCGUCAAGAGCUUCAUCUAAUCAGACACGAUAUAGGUCAUACUAUAAGCAGAAUUACGACUACGCCUGGUACUACUGCUACUACUACCACCAUGACUGCUCAUCAUGAUAAUAAUCAUCCCACUAAUAUGGUUGCUAAUACUGCUUCUACUGAACGUCAUGCCAUUGCACAACCUCGACCCAGGUCCGUUGGUCGUGGAAGUACCAUACGUCCACUCAGUAGCAUUACUCGAGGCGAAGGAGAAAGCUCCAGCGAUCUGUACAAUCGUAGUGGAGGCAGUAGUUUAUUGAUGCAAGAUCAUUCUACAGAUAAUCAUUCAAGUCAUAGAGCUUCCGUCAUGGAUGACGAUGAUUCACUUGUGUUUAAAAUGAGUGAGCUUGAAUGCGAAGGACCUCCUCGAGCAUCUACUACACCACCUAACAAACAACAUGAAAUGGUGUUCAAUAAUCGACACAAAAUGUUUAUCAAGUCAGCUUCGACUUCUACAUCGCCUACCAACUAUGAUCAAUUUCUUGAGGUAACACCUACGCCCUUGUCGCCUCCUCUUUUGCAACGGUUACAAACCAUGUCAACUCAUACUGAAGAACAAGAGAAAGAAACGACAGCUGUUAUUCCUAAACCCACCAUGCCAUUUGAUGCUUGGUGAAUAUACAUAACCCCCUUUUUUUUGUAAUAUUAGAUCUUUUUUUUUUCUUAGGCACUAACAAGCACACAAAUACACAUAUAUAUACAUAUAAACAACAUAAUACUUUCUCUUUUUCUCUCUCUCAAACACACGUAUGAAAUAACAUGCUAUAUUCACUCUUCUAUACUUUUUAUUCUUCUCUUUUUUUUUUGUUAGCAAUAAUAAAUCCUUACACUGGGCAAGCGAA